AUUUCACUUCACUGGAAAUAGAUUGUAAUGGCCGACGUAGCUAUGCAGUUGAAGUGCUGAUUUAAAUAGAAUCAAAAUGGCAGCUCCUAUGGAGUGUGGUGAGGGUAUGUCCGUCUUCAUAUCCUACAGCGAGGAGGAUAUAGACCUGGUGAGGGAGAUACAGCAACGCUUAAAAGAUAAUGAAAUCGACUGCUUUGUUGCAAGUUUUGCGGUUGAACCUGGGACUUCCACAUUAGAUGCAAUUGUAAACGCCCUUUCAAGAAGCAGAGCCUGCCUUUUUCUUGUCACUCCCACAGCUAUGGAAAGUUCAUGGUUUGCUUUUGAAACAAUCCUCACAUUGGAGCGAUCUCAACAGCGCGGUAAACUCAACUGUGUGAUCUUACUGCAUGGCGUGAGGGAAGACCAGCUUCCACAGUUUGCCCUGUUUCAAAUGAUUGAUAAGUAUGAGCUACAUCUGGACGAGUUAGGAAACUGGAAAUCGGAACAAGUUCAGGAGGUCAUACAAACAAUCCAAGUGGGAAAAUUGAUUACGUGUGAGUUGCCGGUCGGUAACGUUGCCCAUGCCCAGGCCUGGUCUCAUUAUUUUGGGUACCACCACGUGAUACACCCUCACCUUGCCGGGAGAAUAAGACAGAGUAAAUGGUAUGAGGAAAAAAACAAGAAUAUGCCGAUUGUUGUGUACGAAUUGAUUCCAAAAAGCUGUGACAUUCCAAGGGCAAUACAUGCUAGGAAUAUGAAGGAAGUAGGACAACUCGAACCAAUACUUGUAGAUAUUGGUGGCAACGUGAAGCGACCUUACAGACUGAAUGUGUACUGUAUUCAAGACGGAGGAGAGAAGUACUACUGCGUUGCGCAGUACCCUAGCGUACUCGGUGCCAUUCGAAAAAUGGAGUUAUCUCACGCUGUUGACAUGGACGCACACCACAAGAUGCUGCAGGUGGCUAGGUUCUAUUAUACACUGCACGCCAUUAUCCAACACUCAAAAGAUAAUGGAUGUCGUAACCAGACUAGGCUCCUGUUCUUUGACGAUUCUGUUGAAGACGCCACGGAUGUCUUGUUAAAAGCAAUCAAGAAAGAUGUUCAGAGCGCACCUUUUGACACACCAGCAAAAGAUAUAGAGAAAAUACAUAUAACAUUAGAAGAGGAUGGUAUGAAGAAAAAGGAAUUUGAUGCCGCAAUCCUCUACAACAGUGACGAUCAAGCCUCCUGUCUGAAAAGCCGAGACUUAGAAACAUAUUUAGGAGAUAGAAAUGUAAGCCUCUUUCCAAAUCAGUCAGGGACAUCGGAGUUCGAAGUGACGUUCGAAAAGGUACGGUGGCUGAUUUUGAUUAUUACCAAAGCCGGCAUCAGCAAUAACCCUGUGUUCAAGAUGCAAACAAUGAGUAUGCUAUCAGAAUGCGUCAACAGUGGGAAAGUUCGGAUCAUCCCCGUCAUCGACAGCAUAUCUGAGGGUGGAAAUAUUCCUGAUCUACUUAAAUGGGUGACAUAUAUUGACAUGCAGACACAAGGAUAUGAGGAGAGAGUUUAUCAAGCCUUGAAAGGAGAGAACAUUCCGAUGGCUUUGAACGCAAAUCAUAUUCCUGCUGGAAACCUUGGCUACGGUCUAGCAUGGGGUUAUGUUGUCAACUACCUGAAAAUUAUUCUUCCACUGCUAGGAGCGCAUCUUCAAAUGGUGCUUAGAUCAAAGGAAAGGAAUAUAUGUGUUUGCCCCGACAAGCUUUACCUUCUGGUACCAAAGACAUGCAAGUGCCCAGGCAAGAUCGACGCUAAUCAUGUGGAACAUGUCUAUUCCUUCACAUCAAUAAAAGACGUCCAAGGCGGAGCAAACAUCAUCAAAAGCUUAGAUAUAUACAGUAUUGAAGAUGACGACCAUAUCCAACCGAAGGUCCACUAUUUCGUAGGCCAAUACCCUUCCCCCUUGCGUUGUCUGAGUGAGAUGAAUACAUGUAAUGUAGCAGGUAUCAACUCGGCAUCAAUGGUGGAGGAAAGUAAGCGCUUUUGUGAUACCCUAAAUAGUCUUCUCUCUGGAACAGUUGGCGAGGGAUUGCACAACAAGUGUGAACUGGUCGUCUAUGAUGACACUGAUCCCGAUGCGCUUCGAAGCCAGUUGUUACCCAAGAUACAUUAUGACGUCGGUUUGGAGAAAUCGCAACGCAUACGGAAAUCACGGCUUGGUGGAGGAGGUGCACUGAAACAACCCAAGAUGACUAAACGACAACUACGUGCUAGAAUGACCGCCAUGGAGGUUGACGACAUCACAAGUGAUGAAGGACAUGUAUUCAUUUCCUAUAGCAGUGAGGACUACGAACUAGUGAUCACGAUAAAGGAGGCGCUUAAGAAAAAAGGCAUUUUAAGCUUCGUAGCCUCGACAUCGAUCGCUGCCGGAACUCCUUUAAUAGAUGGCAUAGUGCAUGGCAUAAACACAAGCAGGAAAGGCCUAUUUCUAGUCACCCAGAGCGCUCUGAAGAGCUCGUGGUUUGCUUUCGAGACUAUCCUGGCGCUAGAACGUUCACAGCAGCUCGGAAAAAUUGGUGCAGUGAUCCUAUUUCACGGGGUACCAGAAGACCAACUACCAAAAAUGGCAAUGUUUGAUAUGAUACCCCGCUUCACUCUGUCCAUCGAUUCGGACGGCGACUGGACCGCCGAACAAGUCCAGCGUGUUGUAGAGAAAAUCCACGAGGUAAAAUCCAUCGACUGUGAAUUACCCGUUGGCAAUAUCGCACACGCACAAGCGUGGUCCCAUUUUUUUGGCUUUCACAACAUCGUACAUGCACAACUUGAACAGAGAAUUAAGGAAAGCCAAUGGUAUCAGGAAAAUCCGGCCAAUAUGCCAAUCAAAAUGUAUGAAUUGGUACCAAGUAGCUGUAUCAUUCCAUUUGUCAUCAAUGACCCGGAUGUGAAGAAGGUUGGAACAUUAGCUCCGAUUGUCGUAAACAGAGCGGGUAAUAAGACCCGGCCUUACAUGCUGAAUGUGUACAGUAUUGAGGACGACGGGAAGAAGUAUUACUGCAUUGCUCAGUACCCCAAUGUUCUGAGUGCCAUCCAGAAGAUGGAGGUCUCCCCCUUUAUUCAAAUGGACCCAAUUCACAGAGAGCUGCAACUAUCUCGGUUCUACUACACACUAAAUGCUAUACUGCAUCACUCGGACAUCACGCCGUGUCAUAAUCAGUCUCGGUUACUGUACUUUGAUGACAACAAUGAGCGACCAAGGGAUAUAUUACUGAAAGCGAUCCAGAAAGACGUAGAGAACGCACCUUUUGAGGCAAUGGCAAGGGCCCUCAGACUGCCAGAGAGUACACAGUCAGAGUAUGACGUCGUCAUUCUUUACAGCAAUGCAACAGAGGAAGAUAUGGACAGAAAGGAAGAAAUUGAGAGCUUUCUGAGGGACAAACAUAUCAGAGUGUUUCAGGAUGUAUGCAAAAAGACGGAAACUAGUCCCUUUCAAAAGGUUGAGGAAGCUGUCGAAAAGUGUCGGUGGAUUAUAUUGAUAAUAACCCGCAAUUGCAUUAAAGAUGCCAUAAUGAACAUGAAAAUAAUGGCUCUGCUCGGCGAAUCCAUCAGUAAAAAUAGACUACGGAUCAUCCCCGUGAUAGACGACUUAUCGGAGGGGUAUAUACCCGAAAUGCUGCGAUGGGUUACUUACAUCGACAUGCAGACAAACGGAUAUAAGGAACAAAUAUACCGUGCUCUGAAAGGGGAAGACAUUCCACUCGCGCUUGACGCUGCACACAUCCCUGCUGGUAACCUAGGUUACGGUUUGGCUUGGGGAUAUCUCGUCAAUUACCUGAAGACGGUUCUCCCACAAUUCGGACCUUAUCUGCAAAAGGUAUUAGAUCUACAGGGCGCGACGGUCACAACUUGUCCCGAAAAGCUUUUCCUGUUGGUACCUAUCAGCUGUAAGUGUACAGGACUCAUCAGUGACAGAUGGACCUAUGUUGACCACUUCAGUUCCUUUGUUAGAUUAACGGACAACUUAGGCGGAGCAAAUAUUAUCAAGUCUCUUGAUAUAUAUAGCAUCACAGAGAAUGACAGCGCUGAAGCAAAGAAGCGCUACUUCAUUGGACAGUACCCAGCCCCGGUACUCUGUUUAUGGGAGAUGAAUGACAGUCGACUAGCUGGCAUCAAUGAAGAUGCGAUGAGGAGAGAACAGCAACGAUUCUGUGAUACAAUCAGCAGUCUUCUCCGAGGACCUGCAGGCGAGGAACUGCACACUAAAUGUGAACUCGUCCUCUUCGAUGACAGUGAUCCAGAAGACCUACGCAGAAAACUUAUUCCACGGCUGUAGCUAUGAUCGCCCAGUGAACUUCGCUGUGUAUCUGAUAUGAGAUUACCAACAUUUUUAUCUAUAAAUACAAAUGUGAUAUUUACCUUCAGACUAAACUUACAUUUUGUAAUCAUCGUGAAUUGUGUGACCUACCUUUUAACAGAUAUUUUUUUCAACAAUAUUUUGAUCUCAUCAGUUUGAAACACCAUGGACAACUUAAUUAACGCAUCAAUAUCAACGUUCGAAUCACGAUGGACAACUGUAUUAACUCGUAUCAGUAUAAAAGUUUGAAACACCAUGGACGUUAUUUAAUGCAUCAAUAUCAAAGUUCGAAACAUCAUGGUUAACUUCAUUAACUCAUCAAUAUCAAAGUUUGAAACACCAUGGACAUCAUUCUGAACUCAUCAAUAUCAAAGUUCGAAACAACAUCGACAUCUUUCUGAACUCGUCAAUAUUAAAGUUGGAAACAACAUCGACA